UGAAGUACGCAUGUGCUCCUUAUAAACGAGCAUUUGAGAUGCUCCUUCAGUCCUUGAGCUUCGGUGACAAUUUUGUUGAAUAGGCAGCAAUGCAACAAUCAUUAUUUUCAUAACAAAAUCCGUCCAAGUAUUCGCAUCACGUUUUAUAACGAGUUAACGAGCUAUGAGAACCAGACUACAGAGUGUAUUGCUGCGCCCGGUGCUGCGGCGUUGCAUCGGCGGCCGCUGCAUCAGCUCGUCUCUCGCUCUGCCCUCGGGAGCUGCUGGAGCUUCCGAGGAGUUUAUUGUGCGCUCACAGUUCCCGGACACGCCGCUGCCGACAUGCGGGUUGACGCAUGUCUUCCUCGAUCAGUGCAGCCAGUUCUCCGACCGUCCUGCUGUCAUUGACGGCAUUACGCGACGCACGCUCACCUACGGACGCCUUAUAGACAGCAUUCAUCGUUGGGGGGCCGUGGUACAGAAGCGUUGGGCCCCGGGGUCACCGCCCCCCACUGUGGGCAUCUUCAUGCACAACUGCCCCGACUACCCCGUCAUUUUCUUUGGCACGACUCUGGUAGGGGCCGUCGUCACUACCCUCAACCCCAGCUACACUGCAGAGGAGGUGGCACUGCAGCUCGAAGACAGCGGUGCCUGCCUGUUGGUAAUCGGGUCAGAAUUGGAGGACGUGGCGCUGAAGGCCUUCAAGCUGCUCACCGACCGCCAACUGCCGAGCCCCUCCCUGUUCGUGGUGGGGGCGUCCAGGUCUGGCCGCUCCGACCUAAGGACUCUUCUUGAAGACUCCACUGCACCCUUCGCCACUCACGUUGAUGUUGACCCAAGCAGCGUAGCGAUGAUGCCGUACUCCAGCGGCACGACCGGCCGACCUAAGGGCGUUUGUGUGACGCACGGCGCAGCCACAGCCUGCAGUGAAAUGAUUUCCAGCCCUGCCGUACACUGGACCGUAGACCCUGACAUGGCGGACAGGAUGCUAGGACUGCUGCCUUUCUACCACAUCUACGGGAUCAUGAUCAUCAUGUUGCAGGGUCUGAAGAUCUGCAGCACCAUCGUUACGCUGCCUAAAUUCCAUCAGAAUAGCUUCAUAAGCGCCCUCCAGGAACACAAGUUCACAACGAUACCCUUGGUUCCGCCUUUACUAAAAUACAUCAACGAGUGUGACGACGUGACGCGCGAGCACCUACAAAGCUGUCAUACCGUCACCUGCGGCGCCGCUCCCUUGUCUAAAUCUACUGCAGAGGAAUUCAAUCGAAAAUGCGGAAGCUUUGUUCACGUUUGCGAAGGGUACGGCAUGACGGAGACCUUGAUAACGCACACAACCCCAAAAGAAGGCAGCAAAUUAGGUUACUGUGGCAAACUACUGCCACACGUGCAAGCCAAAAUUGCUGAUAUCGAUACUGGAGCUGCUCUUCCUCCCCAUGAAAAAGGGGAAAUUUGGAUGAAAACCCCAUGUAUGAUGGCUAGAUAUCACAACCGUCCUGAUGCGACUCGUGACACCAUCGACGAAGAUGGCUGGCUGCACACCGGUGACGUGGCAGUCUAUGACGAGGACGGCUACUUCUCCAUCGUCGAUAGAAUUAAAGAACUCAUUAAAGUGAAAGGCUUCCAGGUAUCUCCUUCUGAGCUGGAAGACGUGUUGCUGAAACACCCUGCCAUAGCUGACGCAGGAGUGAUAGGAAUUCCUCACGAGAACCAUGGCGAGGUUCCCCGGGCUUAUAUCGUCAAAAGCAAGAAAGCUUCUGUAACAGAGAAAGAAAUAAACGAAUAUAUGAAGGGACUCCUGGCUCCAUACAAACAGCUGCUCGGAGGAAUCAAGUUCGUGACAGACUUGCCCAAGAACCCAACCGGCAAGUUACUGCGCAGGGUGCUUGCUGAAACUGCAGCCAAGGAAGCUUAGCCGACGUUAGUGUUCUUGUUUGCAUUGAAAUCUCAGGCAUAUUAUCACAAAUACCUUGAUCUUGUUACUAUUGAAAUCCAAAGCAAAUUAUCCGAAGUAAAUUAUGCAUAUCUAUUUUGAAUUCUCAUAAAUAUUUUCCAAAUUACAUCGUUUUUCUCAACGUUUUACUUUCACGUGUACUAUCAAAAGCACCUUGCUCUUAUUUCCGUUGAAAUUCCAUGAAAAUUAUCCAAAUUACCUUCGAACAAAGUGAUAAUUGAUAGCAAUGAUCAAUUCAAGCAAUAACUCUUAUAUUAUUAUUUUUUUUUUGCUACUGGUGAACUUGUCUUCAACUGAAACCAGAUAGAGGAGGCGGUAACUUUCGAUACAUUAUUGGGGGUAUUCGUUUGGGCUCGAUCUCAAUGGUGUGCUCACGGUUACUACGCCACAUAUCACCAAAUCUCACGUACUGAUUUGAUGGCGAAAAUUCUACGUUGUUGCAGCGAUGGCUCCUCCCGUGCAUGACAGCUGAUCGAUGGAAUAAAAAUAUUUCUAUCUAUUUAGAAUAUUUAGCAAAAUAAAAAGACUGAUUUUCACUCUAGUAAUCUCAUUACGUUUCUUAUUUUUUAUGCAAAAACUGUUACCUGUAUCGAAAUUAAAAACAGCCCUGCCAUACA